CCAGCCACUCCCGCAAUCAUAAACCCUCUCUGUUCCCCUACCUCGACCGCCCCCAACCCACCUCUCACGUGGCCGGACCUCUGAGCUCCUGCUUCCAUGUCGGCACUCACCUUCGACAUGCACUUGGGCUCUGAUGCUAUCAACCUGUCGCCCCCCGGCCCGAAUCCACCCAGAGCUUUUGCUUCCUACGCAUGCGGGGUCCCACGGUAAUUGUCUGCACAUAGAUUGCUUGAUAACUGCUAUACGCCCAACCCGCAAACCAACAUGCGCCUGCCUCUGCUGCACAUGUCUAACCGCCCGACGUUGAUAAGUAGACGUACUCAGCCUGUACCCCAUCGCCUACCCAUCGCCCUACCUUCUCCCAAUCGGCGCCACACACACACAUAUACAUACUUGCUACAUGUGUCCAUGCUUUUAUCGGCACAAUGGGAAACAAAGCAUAGCCCAAGCAUGGACACACUCACAUCUACCGCAGCCCGGAACACUGGAGCCCAAAAGGCCGAUCGCAUACCCACCCUCGUGCCCCAGACUGCCCUGGCCCUCCUCCAUGGACGCAGACGCGCCCGCCCCAGCCGUACAGUGACGUUUGCCGGCAGCAUCUUCGUUAUUUCUGCUGACCGGCUGACGUACUCUACUCCCUUCUUUGCCCCAGACCAAAUGCCCGAAACAUGUCUGUUGCCGGUAAUGAGCGACUUCCCGUGAUACUUAUGUGACCCCCAUGUCCAUACUACUGUACCUUCGUAUGGACUUGCCCUCCCCGUGAUUAACUACUGCACACACGCCCUUUUUUUUAAUCAUUUUCCUAUCCAAUUCCG